AUUUUGCAAGAACGGACAUAAGUUGUUUUGGUUUGCAUAAUGAUGCAUGCUUUCCGAUCGAAUGAACUUCCUCAAACAUCUCAUGCUGCUCUUUUGAGUGCCCUCAGACGACCUGCACACUCUUAUCAUCUUAAAACAACUUUUAUAUCCUUGAAAGGAUGGAGAAGAAUGGAGGAAAACCGCAUCAGAAGCAUUACGGGCUGGUUUCGUCAGCACUUUGGAAAACCAAGAAAUGAUUUGGAGCAAGUCAAACCCAGUAAAUGUUCUCAGGCGUCCUCCUCUUCCUCCGUCUCAGAUCCGCCUCUGCCCUCCGUGCUCUCCUCCUCUUUCCGCUCCUCUCUCAGAUUUGACGUCUUCGUGUGUCACAACGAUGAGGACAGUGAUCUAGCACAGAGUCUGACCUCUUUCCUAGAAGCCCCGUCUAACGGCCUGCGCUGUUACCUGCAGGAGCGGGACUGUCCCGCAGGAGGCGCUGUGUCCACCGAGCUGCUCCAGGCCGUGCAGGACAGUCACUGCUGGCUGUUACUCCUCACUCCCAACUUUGUGAAGGAUGACUGGUGCUCGUAUCAGAUGCACCAGGUCCUGUCUGAAGGGCCCAUGUCACAGAGGAUCAUCCCGGCUGUAGUGAACAUGCCCAGGUCACAGCUCCCACCCGAACUGCGCUUCCUUUUUACUGUGGAUCUGAACACCAACAAAGAUUUCGGCUACACUCUAGUCUACAAGGCGGUACUGCAUUAUUUGAAGGACAUGUCUGAGAAGGAAAAGUCCAGCAGUGCGUCUCAUUCUGACGGCUGAGAACAGAUCAGCAUUCAUUAUAUUGACCGCAAUAACAAGAUUCUUCACUUCCAAGCUGCAUCGUAACUCUCUCCGUCUAAUGUCUCAGAGAUCUCAAAAUUAAAAUUAAAGAUUAAUAAUGUAAAAAAAAAAAAAAAAGGAAAAUUAUGUCAUCGUUUUCUCACCCUCAGGUUUCUGUUGAACAGAAAAGAAGUAAUGCCAUAUAUAUAUAUGUAUACAAUAUACAAACACACUAACAUUUAAAUGUUUGGCAACAGUAACAUAUUUUUCAAAGACGUCUGCUCACCAAGUCUGCAUUUAUUUGCCAAAAAAAUACAGUGAAAUGGCAAUAUUGUGAAAUAUUAUUACAAUGUAAAAUAACUGUUUUCGAAUGUAUUAUAUUUUAAAAUGUAAUGUAUUCUUAUGACGCAAUGCUGUAUUUUCAGCAUGAUUACUCUUGUCUUCAGUGUCACAUUUCUUAUUAUUAUGAGAAAACUGUGAUGCAUUUUGUCUUAUAGUUUGAUUUAAUGAAUAGAAAGAAAAGCUUUUUUUUAAAAAUAGAAAUCUUACAGUAACUUUUAAUCAGUUUAAAAAUGUCCUUGCUGAUUAAAAGUAUUCAUUUAAAAAAAAUAAGAAUCUGUUACUGAUAUGAUACUCUUUAUUUGUGCUACUUGAACUGGUGUGUAUAAACUAUUAUUAUUAUCAGUCAUGUUUAUGAGGUUAUUGCACUGAUUGUUUUGUUGAAAUAUGAUACCAUCCUCUUGUUUUCCAUAGUGACGGUGUCAACCCAGACUUUUAUGAAGAUAUGUAUAUUGUGUGAAAUAAAUAAAGUGACCCAGAUUGCAACAGAAAAGUCAAAAUAUAUGAGCUCAAAUGUG